AUGUUUGCUUGGAUGGUUGCAAACAAUAGGUUAAGAGAAAUAGCUGAUGCUGAUUCUGCAGAGACAUAUGCAAAUGCUUUGCAACAAUUAAGAAGCAGUGAUAUUUUCAAGGCAAAGGUCUCCUUGAGAAAUUGGCUCGAAAACAAAUGGCUCCUGAACUGCAAGAGAUGGUCAAAACUUUUCAGAAAUUCACUCUUUAACAUCAGAGUGAAUACAACCAAUGGCCUUGAAAGACAACACAAAGAACUCAAGGAAAACUACUUGACAGAGUAUAUAGAUAAAUCUCUGUCAAGUAUGGUGACAUCAUUGGUAACCAAAUACUUACCAGAUAGUUAUGAGAGGUAUAAAGAAUACAACAUUCAGUCCUUGGAUAACUAUAGAAAGUAUUCUAAUGAUGUUCCAGAGUUUUUAAGAAGCCGUCCAAGAAAAUUUGUUGACCAUUGUUUAGCCAGAAUUCCACCUGCGGCUACACUGAUCCCCAUUGAAAAUAUGGAAGAAGUUAACCAUGAUAUGCUGGUUAGAAGUGUUGAGUCUGACAAUUUAUACCAAGUUAGACUCAAUGAUGAUUUACCGAAAUGUUCAUGUCCAGAUUGGAGAAAACAUCACUGGCCAUGUAAGCAUAUGCUGGCAGUCAUGAUGAACAUGCCAAACAAAGAUUGGAAUACACUGCCAGAGUACUACAAAGCAACCCCUCAUUUCAACAUUGAUUUUGGACUUCUGGAAACAAACAGAACAGAAACACUGAUUGUUAACAAUGCAAGCAGCUCAAUGAAAGAUGAGUGCCAACAAGAUUCAACUGCUUGCAGAGAUAACACAGUAGAAAAUUCCUCUUCCAAAGCUCGAAACUUAUGUUUAGACAACAUUAAACAAAUUACAUCUAAUUUAUUUUGUAUUAAUAACAGCCAAUACCUAGAAGAGUUAAAUAAUAGACUGGCAGUGUUGGUAAAGGAAACGGAAAUGGAAGCACCUCAUCAAAAUGGUCUACGAUUAAAUUUGCCUGCUACCAAAAAGAAGACCAUAAGUAGAAAGCAGAAAAACAACCUUCAGCAAAAAAAAAGCAAUUUCACAAGACGUCUUACCAAGAGAUCUGCAAGCAUAAAAAAAGUGCCAUUUAUGCGAAGACCACAUUGGAGAAAGUACGCAAAGACACUAUCACCGGUUAAAAUGAGUUCAAAUGUAUAUUCUGCAGGGCUAUGCAAUGAAGAGUCAAAGAAAUCAAUGACAAUCAGCCUCACAGAAAUAGAUAGAAGAAAUGCAACUGACUUGUUGAGAAAAAUUCAGUCAAUUGGAAAUGCAUCCCAUUAUAUUCUGGCCAAGGUUUAUGGGGUAAAUGUAACAGACAUUGAUAUUGCAUCACUUUUUGGGAAUCGUUGGUUGACUGAUCAGGUUAUUGAUGCCUACUUGGCUGUACUUUGUCAAGCACAACAAGACAAUGGAAGAAAUAUCUUGCAUAUAACUGCUGCAGUAAUGACCAACAUAUGCAAAGGAGAUUCAAUUGGUAAUCAGAAUCUAUUCCAAACGAAAAUCUUAACAGAUUAUGAGAUGAUAUGUGGAGUGUAUAAUCAAGCAGGGAAUCACUGGGACCUAGUGAUAUUAACACCAACUGAUGGACGAAUACAGUUUUACAAUCCAAUGGGUUUCGAGGCACCAGUUGCGUAUCAAGUUCAAAGAAACUGGAGUGACUAUUUGGCAUAUAGAACCCACUUAUUUGCAGAAAAAACAAUAGAAUGGAAAUUGUAUGUUGAAAAACAUGCUUUGCAGUUAGAUGGUUACAAUUGUGGUGUAUAUUGUUUAAUGUUUGCAGAGAGAAUACUGUCAAAAAAAGAAUUAACAGGCAUUACACAAAUAGAGGUCCAGGAAAAAAGGAAAGAAAUUGCAGAGACCUUAUUACUGUAUGAAGUUUAUAUGAAAGAUGCUUGUCCCUGCUGUGGAUUUAAUGUUCAAGAACAGCCUUGUAUUGGUUGUUUAAUUUGUGGUAGACACUUCCAUAAACUUCCUUUCUGUGUUGGUGAGAGCCUUGCCAAGGAAGAUGCUAAUUUUUUCACUUGCAAGAUGUGCGAAAACAAUAUCAUUCCAGACACAAUAGAUUUAGGUGGAAUAUUGGAAGAAAAGCCUGUUAAAGAUUCAAUUAAUCCAGAUCAAUACUGUGAACCAAAACCAGAAAUGAAGAAGACUUUUACUGGAACAACUGCCCUGUUUGUGAAAAACCUCAUUGAAUCUAAAUUUUCAGAGGAGAGUAUAGAGAAUUUCUUUGAUAAAAUAUCAAUCCUUGAUGUAAGAGAUUGCUGGCUCUCUUUGGUUGACACGUUCAUGGAAAUUAAAGAAAAUCUUCCUUUCAAUCCUGAAGAUGUGAAAUGGAAAGUUCCUGAAUGCAGAAGAAAACUAUUUUCGAUGGGAGAGUUUGGUGAUGGAUACAUAGAGAACAUUCCAACUAAAUACAUAAGAGACCAUGUUUAUCCAAUUAAAGUCCAAACCAAAGCUUCUUGGACAAUUUUCAGUGGACUGUCUGUCUUCAUUUUUGGAACUGAAACCAAAGCUCAACAAAUUAGACUUGCCAUUGUCUGCACAGAGUUUUCAGAGAUAGAUAAGACGCAAAAUUACAAUGAUAAGACAAUUAUUCAGAUGGAGCUGAAGAAAAUGGAUAAUUUCUGCAAAGAUGAAGAUAUCUUAGGUUUAUUUCACCUUAGGUUCAUUCCAAUGGCAUUCAAGUUGAAUGUUUGUAUUCACAAACGACUUAAUGGCAUCGAAGAAACAUUCAGACAUGAAUGCCAGGAACCAAAUGGAACGGUUGAAUUCUUGUCCAUGCAUCUGAAAAAGGAGCCUUGUGUGUCAUACCACCUACUCGUAGAUGGUAUUUUUAUCUUCAACAGAGGACCAGAACUAAGAGAACAAUGUGGGGCAAACCAGUUUGGGCUCUGUCAAGGUGGAUCAGAGUCCUACAUUCAGUGUGGUAAAUGCUUACAAAAGUACCAUAGACAGUGUGUCAUUGUUGAAGUUGAGAGUUUUGCAUGUGGUUGCCACAUAGAAAGGCCACUGAAAAGUAGAAAUGAAAGAAUUUAUAGAUGCAAAGAAGAAUUUAUGAAACAUGUGAAGAGUCUUGAUAUUAAAAAAUUGGUAUCAGAUAUUUCUUGUGAAAAGAUUAAUUCUGCACGCUGGCAAACCAUGAUUGGAACUAACCCAAAAGAAAAACAGAUAUGGAAAGAUGGGAAUAACAUGGUUCUAACAAUGACUGGGGCACCUACAGAAAUAACAAAUUAUGUAAUUCAGCAAACUAAUUCAAAGUCAUUAAGCGCAAAAGGAUUUGUUAUGGAUGUCUUUGCGCCAGAGGCAGUGGUAAAAGUAAUUAUGAUGAUAGAAAACAUCAACAGAAUGCGUGCAGAAUUAUUCCUGCUAAAAGAUAUAAGUGCAAAUCAUGAAUGUAGUAACACCUCAAAGAUAUAAGGCUUUCUUAUGUAAUUUUUAUAUGUUUACAGUUUGUGAAUGAAAUGAGUCAAUAAUGACAAAGUAUUUCAAUAGGUUUACUAUUUGCGACUAAAAUGAAUCAUCAGUAAUGACAGAGUAUUUUAGUAACGACUGUAUUUCAAUAGGUUUAGUAUUUGUGACUGAAAUGAGUCAGUAAUGACAGUGUACUCAAUAGGUUUAGUAUUUGUGACAAAAAUGAGUCAGUUAUGACAGUUUAUUUCUGAAGAUUUACUAUUUGUCACU